AACAUAAGAAAAAAAAUGGAGAGCCAAGAACAUCUCAAAAAAUCCAAAUAAGUUAUCAAAAUAGACUCAAAAGAAUCAUGGGAACAUUAUAUCUCUUAUGCUACCAAGCAAAAUUACCCUGUUGUGGUUCAUUUCUCUGCUUUUUGGUGUGUGCCAUCUAUAAUUAUGAAUCCUUUCUUUCAAAAGCUUGCAUCCAACUAUCAAGAUGUUUUGUUUCUGACAUUGGAUGUGGAUGAGGUUAAGGAAAUUUCCUCUAAGAUGGAAAUUAAAGCUAUACCUACCUUUCUGUUAUUGAGUGGUGGAACUCCUGUGGACAAAAUUGUUGGUGCAAAUCCUAAUGAAAUAAAGAGAAGAGUUGAUCAUUUUAUUCAAUCAAAUCCAUCCAACAUAGCUAUUGUGGAAAAAUUGAAAUGACUAAGGAGAAUGGCCUAGAACUAUAGUACUGGUUGUUGUUGUGUGUGUGAUUGAGAUUGAGUAUUUUAUUGUGUAUUUAUUUUGAUUUCAUUAUCAUCAAGUGUUUCUCAAUUAAUGAGCCCUAUCUUUAACAACUGUCAUGUUUUUAGUUGGUGAGUUAUAAUUAUUUUGUUUGAUGUUA